UUUUCCUUUGUUUCUCUCCUUCCAUUCUUGUUUUGCAUAUGGGAGUUGAGUUCUGAAAUGGGUUUUCGUCUUUGCAAUGGUUUCUGUUUGUAGAUCUUUUGUUUUAUAUGAAUAGGGUUGUAAAGUUUCGAUCUCUUUCUCUGUUUUUUUUAUUAUUAUUGUUUUGGGGUGUAGGGUUGAAUUUGGGAGAUGUUCGUUGGAUGUUUUGAAGCGGGGUUGGAGAAAUAUUGAUGAUUUUUGUGUUUUGACAGGCACUCGUGUGGCUUCGAAUGCUGGAUUUUAGGGUUUUGGGCUUUAAUUAGAUUUGUCAUCCGUUAUCUAUCAUUGCAUAUCGAUGUUAAUUGCAUCUAGAUUGAAUUUGUGUUGGCUUUCUUUUUAUUUGUUUCGAUCAGUUUAUGCAUCCAAGAACUUGAUUUUUUUAAGCUUAAGCAUGAGUUUGAUGAAUCAUUAUGGUUUAAGAGGACAUAGCAAGAUUGAUGAACUCAUUUGUAGGGUUUACCUGAUCAUCUUGCAUUGAAGUUCUGAUCGCUGAUGUUGGGUGGUGUUUGAAGGCUAUUAGGUCUUGUGAAAAAGCAUGAAGAGUAAAUUUAGAGUUAACAGGAGGAAAAGAGAGAUAACUAGGCAAGAACCUGGGAGGUUAAUGGAGUGCCUCAGCUCUGGAGACCAAUCAAGAGCAAUGGAUGGAAUGAGACUUUCAUCUGAGUCUCUUGCAACCAAAGAAAAUCCCGCAGGUGCAUAUUCUUCUAAUAAUGGUGUGCUGGACGUGGAACCAGACACCAGCAAUCUAGAAGAAGCUGAAUUAUCUCUUCGUGGGCGUGGUUCUUUGAACUACGAGGAAGCCAGAGCAUUGUUAGGAAGAAUGGAAUACCAAAAAGGGAACAUAGAAGCUGCUCUUCAUGUAUUCGAAGGAAUAAAUAUUGCUGCUGUAACUCCCAGGAUGAAAGUUACUCUGGCUAAAAGACAAGAACACCACAAGAGACACUCACAAAAUUUUGCUACCCCAUCAAUGUCUAUACAUGCUGCCAGUUUACUAAUGGAAGCAAUCUUCCUUAAAGCAAAAUCAUUGCAGCAUCUUGGGAGGUUCAAAGAAGCUGCUCAAUCUUGCAAAGUUAUUGUGGACAUAGUUGAAUCUUCAUUCUCAGAAGGCAUGCCUGAAAACUUUGCCGCUGACUUUAAAUUGCAGGAGACUCUAAACAAGGCAGUUGAGUUGCUUCCAGAACUAUGGAAACUUGCUGAUUCCCCACGUGAAGCAAUCAUGUCAUACCGGCGGGCUCUCCUCUAUCACUGGAACCUUGAUGUAGAAACUACUGCAAGGAUUCAAAAAGAUUUUGCUAUUUAUCUUCUGUACAGCGGAGGUGAAGCAAGCCCCCCAAACCUCCGCUCUGUGAUGGACAGUUCAUUUGCACCUAAAAACAACAUGGAAGAGGCCAUACUGCUGUUAAUGAUACUGUUAAGAAAAAUGAUUCUGACAAGAAUUGAGUGGGAUCCAUCAAUCUUUGAUCACCUUUCGUUUGCCCUCUCUGUUUCUGGGAGUUUAAAGGCAUUAGCCGGCCAGGUUGAGGAGUUGCUUCCUGGGAUUAUUGAUCGCAGAGAGAGGUAUCAUAUUCUCUCUCUAUGCUAUUAUGGAGCAGGUGAGGAAUUGGUUGCUUUGGAUCUAUUAAGGAAAUUGUUGCAUAGUAAUGAGGAUCCAAAGCGUGUUCCAGCCUUAUUAAUGGCAUCAAAGAUAUGUGGGAAGACCUCUAAACAUGCAGAAGAAGGGAUAAAUUAUGCUCGCAGAGCACUGCAAAGCUUGGAAAAUGACUGCAAUCAAUUGGAAAGUGUAGCAAAUUACUUGCUGGGUGUCUCACUUUCAGCGCAUUCUCAAGUAGCUGUUGCAGAUUCUGAGAGGUUCACAAAGCAAUAUGAGGCUCUUGAGGCCCUGGAAUCUGCUGGAAGAAUGACAAAGAUGCAAGAUUCUAAUAUUCUUUACCAUCUCAGCCUAGAAAAUGCAGAGCAGAGGAAGUUGGAUGUGGCGCUUUACUAUGCAAAGCACUUGUUAAAACUAGAAAGUGGUUCUAGUAUUAAAGGAUGGUUAUUGCUCGCUCGGAUCUUAUCAGCUCAGAGACAGUAUAGGGAUGCUGAAACUGUUAUUAAUGCUGCCCUGGACCAGACUGGGAAAUGGGACCAGGGAGAAUUGUUGAGAACCAAAGCUAGACUUCAAAUUGCUCAGGGUCAGUUAGAGAAUGGCAUCGAGUCAUACAUCCAGCUUCUCGCUGUUCUUCAAAUUCAGAGUAAGAGCUUUGGACCUGGGACAAAGCUGUAUAAGAUUUUUCAGGACAGUGGAAACCCUCCAUGUCAUCUGGAAUUGGAAGUUUGGCAUGAUAUGGCUUCUGUCUACAUAAGGUUGUCCCGGUGGCAUGAUGCUGAGACAUGUCUUUCCAAAUCCAAGGCCAUCAGCUCUUACUCAGCUUCUAGAUGUCACACAACUGGUGUACUUUAUGAGCAAAGGGGGCUCUACAAAGCAGCUCUUAAAGCCUUUGUGAGUGCUUUAGAUAUUGAUUCCACCCAUGUCCCAAGCUUGGUAUCCACAGCUGUGGUUCUUAGACGGCUCAGUAUGCAAUCAAAUGCAACCAGAAGCUUUCUAAUGGCUGCUCUGCGACUUGAUAGAAUGAGCUCAUCUGCGUGGUACAAUCUUGGCCUACUUUACAAAGCUGAGGGUGCUCCCUCCUCGUCCCUAGAAGCUGCUGAAUGUUUUGAGGCUGGAACAUUUCUUGAAGAGACAGCUCCAGUCGAGCCUUUUAGAUGAUGGACACUCAUCACCAAGAGUUGUUGGUACUGUAAACGGCAGUGAUUUUUUCUACUUUCCCCGCAUGUAUUAUUUUGUGUGAGUUUUGCACAUGGCUGGUAGCAGUAUAUACAUAGCAGUAAGAAAUAUUCUUUUUCUCAUAGCCCUGUACUCCAAAACACACUAGAAAUGGAGGCCAUACAUGAAUCAUCCCUCCUCCACCGAUGCUAUUGUUUGGAUGGCUUUAAGCAAGAUCUGGAACUAGUCAAGGAGAAUCUGCAAAAUUACCA